AUGAGUGACAGCGGCCACGCAGCAGGCGACGCGCCUGAUUGGAUGCAAGAACAGGCGGCCGAGUACGCGGACUUGGUCGGCAGUUUUGUCGAGUCAGUCGUGGACUCGGACACGGACGAAGUGGUGGAGUACCAAUUGAUCUGGGAAGGCGGCGACUUGGGGGUGGCCCUCACGACAAUUGAGGGCGGCGAGGGCGGCGUCGCCGUGAGUCGCGUCACGGGGAAGGGCUUCCCCUUUGGUAUCAAGAACGUUGGGCCGGGCGACCUCCUCCUGUCGAUCAAUACGAAGGACACGACCAAGAUCAAUCUGGACGACGUCGUGGCGUACUUGCAAGUAUGCGACUUGCCAGCUACUCUGCGGUUUAAGAAGCUCUCGCCGGUGGUGCCCAAUGUACCGGUCUCGAUGCCCAGGAAGAGCACGUACGUGAUUACAAGUGGCAAUGCCCAGGAUUCUACGAGUCCGAGAAGCUCUGCAGCUUCUCAAUCCCAUGCUCGUGGCUCCAACAAGUACGCGCCACCAUCUUCUUCUUCGCUACAGACGUCAUCGGCGGUCUUUCCGGAAGAACGUCCGAGUACUGGGAGUUUACCUGCAGAGAAGAUGACCGUGUCGCAAUUGGAGUGUGACCCGACAGCUAUCCGGGAAGCGGGUGCAAUCGACGAUGAACUGGUGUUUGACGAAGAGCACGAAGAGCGUCCGUAUUCGGGCUGGAAACUGGACUCUGCCAUGCCUAUGCCAGUUUCAGCCGAGCCUCACAAGCAAUAUCCUCCCCGUGAGUCUGCUGUAUUCGAAGAGGAGCUCUGUGAAGUGGAUGGUCUGGUACUCACGUCGGGUGAGAACGACCUUGGCUGUGACGAAUCGGAGGAUGAGUCUGUACGAGAAUCAGGCGAAUCGCGUGACUCGUUCCGUGAUGAGAGUUUCGAUGUCGACGCUAGUCAUGGGGCUUGGGACGUCGACGGGGAGGAAAAACAAAAUGCCCUAGGUGCAGCACAAAAAGAAAAGCGAGGCAAUGAACAGGCUAAGGAGUGUUUUCAGCGUAACAAGAGCGAGUCGACAGUUGCGAUGCUUGGGCACUUUUCCGUUGAAACAAAGGGAGAUGCCUUGCCGAUUCUUCCUGACGCGGAGGAGGCUUCGGGCAUUGCUGCGGUUGACAAUGUGAGUGAUUUCUCGUCCGCAGACCGCCGUGCGUCACCGCCUCACGCAAACAGUCGCGUGCAUUCGUCCGACAGGUUGUCUGGUUCCAUGGCGUCUUCGAUGAAUUCGUCCAUGAAUUCAUCGAUGAACUCGUCUAUGAAUUCAUCAAUGAACAACACUGAGGCUGCACGGCCUUCAGUGCGCGUGACCAUGGACAGCACGGCUCCUCUAGUGAAGAGCCACCCGAUAAGCACGCUACACGAAAUGUGUGCGAAGGGUGACCUUCGCGGCAUGGUGCAGCACUUGCGCGUGGAAGGCCCAGAAGCACUGUUGAACCGAGAGCCAAACCACGGCCAGACGGGAUUGCAUCUUGCGGUGAAGAGCGGCAAGGUACCGCUCGUAAAGGUGAUUCUGGAACAGUACAAGCCGCUUGAGGAUAUUGUCAACGUUGAGGACGACAAGGGCAACACAGCGUUACACUUUGCAGCCACAAAGACACCGGCAAUGGUGCAUUUGCUGUUGGAGAGUGGCGCGAGCGCUAACGUAAAAAACAGCCGCAAGUUUACACCACUGAUCAUCUCGGUGAUCACAUCAAAGGAUGAUAGCAUCAUCAUUCCUCGCAUGCUCCUCAAGUUCGGUGCCAAUCCCAAUGAUAUGCACGACAGCCACACCGUCAUUCACACUGCUAUCAACACUGGACGAGUGCACAUCGCUGGUGCGCUUGUACGGGCAGGAGCCAAAAUGGACGUGGAGGACGCUGAGGGAAAGAGUGUGUUCGAGAAGCUGCCGCGCAAGGACGUUCGGUACCUGAUUUCUCACAUUUACUUUCCGCCAACGCACAUUACAAAGAAGGAGCGUUCUGAGUGCAUGCUGUGCCAUCAGAAGUUCAAGUUCAGUCACCGCGAGCACAACUGCACGCACUGCGGCCGCCUUUGCUGCGCGGAAUGUUCUGCACUGCAAGUCGAGAUGUACAGGUUCCCGAUGGGCUUCCCCGGUCGAACGCGUCGAGGCGCGGCGAACCGCGAGCAGAAGCGUGUGUGCAAGACGUGCUACAACGUGUUCAAAGAGCGCAAUGAGGAGCCGCCGAAGAGCGAUGUGUCCAGGUUCAUCAACCGCGUCAUUAACAUCGAGUGGGACGAGGUGAACCCGGAGAAAUUGCAAAAAGAGCAGGAGGCAGGACGUCGCGGUUAA